CUAGCGAGGAAGCAUAAGGCUAACGGGGCAAACGGAAAAGGACGAAGCUCAGUCAACUUUCUCGUCUGUUCUAGGUUCUAGGUUAGGUUCACUUCCUGAUGACAUUCGUGCAAGGCUUCGUGAAUGUUCGGCCAGUCCAGUUUCCGGUAUCUGAUCUUGGCAGUUGCGCUAACGGGAAGUUUCGCAAGGCAAUCGACGCGAUUGAUCCUUCAGUUUAUCGAGGACUUCAGUGCGGGCGUGAAGUUACGAUCCGAGACAAGUGUCUUCCUCACGUUAGUGCGUGAUUUAGUGAUUUUUUAUCAUUUGUUGAAGAAAUCUUUUCCAGUGUUUGUGUUAUCUCCAAAAAAAAAAAAAAAACAUGGUGUUGACCGCACUCGGAUUAGUGAUAUUUUCGGUUAGUCUUGCGAUCUACAGUUACUGUAGAUAUCGGUUUAGAUUUGCCGAUCCCAUUCCCGAUGCCAAUCUGCCCAAGGUGCCGUUUUUCGGGAAUGGCCUUUCGUUCCGGGGAGUCAAUCGGUUGAAGAUUUAUCCGGUGUUGCAUCAGGCCUUCAAUACCAAAGCAAGGCUGUUCAAGAUCACCUUUGGGCCGAUGCCGAUAAUUUGCCCAAAUCAUCCGGACCUUAUGCAGAAGGUUAUGCUCGAUCCGGCCUCGAUGGAUAAACCGUACUUCUAUGACUUCUUUGGAAUCACCCAGGGAUUGUUUGGACUUCCAUAUGAUCUAUGGAAAGCGCAUCGCAAAGUGCUGAACCCAACCUUCAAUCUGCGGAUCCUGAACAGCUUCCAGCCCAUCUUCAACGAUUGCGUGAAUACGAUGAUGCGCAACAUCAAGGCCCACGUGAAGCCAGGAGAGCCGAUGAACAUCCUGGAGUUCACGUCGCCUUGUACGCUAUCGAUGGUUACGCGGACUUCCCUUGGAGGUCGAGUGUUGGAACGUGAAGGCACCAAGGAGUUCUGCGAGGGAAUGGAAAGUCUACUGCAUCAGUUGGGCAUCCGGAUGUUUAACGCCAAUCUUCAUCCGGAUUGGGUGUAUCGUUAUACACGAAUUUAUCGUGCAGAAAUGAAGGCUCGUAACUUCUGCUGUGCUUGGACAGAUAAGAUUUUGGAGGAAAAGAAACAGGAGCUCGCAAAAAAGAAAGAAGACAUGAAUAACAACGCCGACUCCAAGGAAGAGAAUGAAGACAACGAAGUUUCCUACAAAAAGCCACAGAUUUUCAUCGAUCAGCUGCUGACGAUUCCACUACCCGAUGGCAGACCCUUCAGUGAUCAGGAAAUUCUCGAUGAGAUUUACACGAUGAUAGCUGCGGGUAAUGAAACAUCAGCUGUGCAAUCUGCUCACACCAUCCUUCUGCUAGCAAUGCACCCGGAAAUUCAGGAACGAGCCGUCGAGGAAAUUCUACGAGUAUUCCCAACCCCAGAACAGAACUUCAACCAGGACACCCUUAAACAGCUGGAGCUCCAGGAACGGAUCAUUAAGGAAUCUCAACGACUGAUGCCGGUGGCCUUCAUUCUAGGAAGAGCGGCACAGCACGAUAUUCAGCUCGAUGACUAUGUGUGUCCAAAAGGCACAAUCUUCAUUUUGAACUUAUUCGAAAUGCAACGGCGGAAAGAGUUCUGGGGUGAGGAUGCGCAUGAGUUCAAUCCGGAUCGGUUCCUGCCAGAGAAUAGCAAAAAUAGGCAUCCCUAUGCGUACGCGCCUUUCAGUGCGGGACCCAGAAGUUGUAUAGGAAGUCGCUACGCCAUGAUGUCGAUGAAGACGCUGCUGACCGAGGUCCUGCGCAACUACAAACUCACCACCGACAUCAAGUACGACGAAAUUCAGUUCAAGUUUAAGGUUUCCCUUCACCUGGCCCAUCCACAUCGUGUUUUCCUGGAGCCACGAAAUCUCUACGGAGGAAGCAAAUGAACAACAAAACACAGUCCAGUUUUGCGUUUUUGCCAAUAUUUGUAUGUGUAUUUGUGUAUGCAAUAAGUUAACGUCUAUCAAUCAAUACCUUUAUGUUACCAAAUAAAAAGUUACCUAC